GUUAACAACAUGUCUCUCUCCCGUCCUCGUCCCACCAUGCAUGCCAACCUCCCUAACAAAUGGCUUUGGUGCAACGACAAUCCCAAGGUCACCAAGUGGUUCAUGAAUGCCCCAAGCCGCCACAGCUACAGCCCCUUCGUGUCCUCCUUCAUCAACGCCGCCAACAAAGCCUGGGAGAAGGCUCUCGACCCCCUAGGCAAGCUGGACCCCAUCGAGCGUACCAUGAUCGCCUGUCUCCUCAACGACCCUAUCCCUGCCGAGGUCAUGAUCAAGACCCUGCAGGACUACGACUACUUCAUCGGCGGUACCAAGGCAGAGUGGAAGCAGAAAGGUUUGGUGCCCUGGGAUGACGAGGACCCUAGUAAGUCGAACAGCCUCUAUUGCUGUGUCCCGAAUCAGGCUGACCAUGCUCUCUCACAGAGGNACGCCGCUAUUGAGCAGGCAAUCGACUUCUUCCGCAAGCACGUCAAGAAGACCCUUAGCAAGUACCACAGGGCCGAAGCCAUCAGAGUCUCCUCCGAGGGAAAGGCCAAGGGCAAGGCCAGCAUCAGUAACCAGGCUGGUGAGGACGAAGAGAUGGAGGACGCUGACAACAACAUGGGAGAGGAGGAACAGCACACCAUGCUCUCUCUCGAUGACAUGAACACCGAGUUGACUGCCGCUGGUAACGCUCCCACCACGACGAAGGGCAAGGGAAAGGGACAGGACAAGAAUACCGUCAAGUUCGGAAAGCUGCCUUAUGUUGGACGCAAGAAGGACGAGUACGAGUGCGAGGAUAACAACAACAACAUGUCUUCCACCAUGUCACAGUAUAGCUGCCUCUGGUGCAACGACAACUCCAAGGUCAACAUUUACUUUCUCAACAUGUCUGAAAACCACAACUACCGCAUGUUCUAUGCUGCCUUGAUCAACGUCGCCAACCGCGCCUGGGAUCAGGCUCGUCACCCCAACAGCAAUCUCCAGCCUCUCGAGCUCCACAUGAUCGCUUGCUUGCUUGAGGAGCACAUCCCCGCCGACAUGAUUAUCGAGGCCAUCAAGAAGUACAACCAGAUUGUCGGUGGAACCAAGGGUCAACUGAAGGGCAAGGGUUUAGUCAAGAUGGGCAACAACCCUCNNCCGUUGUCUACCAUCAAUGCUGCCGUCUUGGAGCUCAAGAAGAAGGUCAAUUCUAGGAAUCGUGCCGUUAUCGCUGCACGCUACGCUCUGGAGNAAGUCAAGGGCGAGUCCAAGGGCAAGCCUUGGGCCAGCAACGACGACCACGCCGAAGACGAGGACGAAGAGAUGAAGGACGCCGACACUGAGGUCGAGCAGGACAUGGCUUCGUUUGAGGACAUCGGUGCUGGGAUCAGAGGUGCUGGCUAUGCCCCUGUCGCUGCUCAUGGCAAGGGAAAGGGCAAGGGGCCUGUCGAGUUCGGAGAGCUCCCCAUUAUCGGCGGCAAGAGCCAGGUUGACGGACAGGAGUAG